GGGACAGGGUAAUUCCAGGAAUAUUGAAAUACAUUUGUGCCGGAAGGAUUUCAAUUAUUAAUUUUAAAACUGCUAAUUGCGAGUUAAGCAUUGAAUGUAGCAAUGUCUAUAUUAAAAUUUCAUGUAAUAUCUUUUAAACACGAAUAAUUUCACAUGUAAAAUGUUUUGAGCACAAAAAUGGAUUAAUUCGCUAUACGCCUUUUUGACAGGAAGUUGCAAUAUAUACACAUUAUCAUGGCAGAAGAGAAUGGAGAUGUGGAUCUUUCUCAAGAUCAAACAGAGAAGCUUCUUCAUUUUCAGGACCUGACUGGAAUUGAAGAUAUUGACAGGUGCAGAGAGAUUCUUCAACAGCAUAACUGGGACAUAGAGAUUGCAGUACAGGACACAUUUAACAAGAGAGAAGGAGCACCAAAUGUCUUCAGUCAACCUGAGGCUGUCAAUAAUGAACCAAGAGAACCCUCAAUGAAUUUUCAACCCACUGAUCAAAGAGUUUUCACAGUGUCCAGACCUCCUCCUCAAGGCAUUUUCCAGUGGUUGUACCAUGUUGUCUUCUUUCCAUUUCGAUUAGUUUACACUUCUCUAUUAGAUUUGAUCAGAUUUACUGUUCGGCUAAUUCGUCCAGACCCCAGAAGAAAUGUAACAGACCCUAUAGGGGAUAUAACAAGAUUUAUAGCAAACUAUGAUGAGAUGUUAGGCACCCCGCACCCCACAUUUUACCAAGGCUCAUACAGUCAGGCUCUGAAUGAUGCCAAAAGAGAGUUACGGUUCUUAUGUGUCUAUCUCCAUGGUGAUGAUCACCAAGAUACGACUGACUUUUGUAGGAACACUUUAGGCAAUCAAGAAGUAAUCAAUUUCAUGAACACGAGGCUGCUGUUUUGGGCAUGCAAUACAAAUAGUCCGGAGGGAUUUAGAGUGUCAAGGGCAUUGAAAGAAAACACAUAUCCCUUUCUUGCAUUGAUAGUCCUAAGGCAAAACAGAAUGACAGUGGUAGCACGCAUAGAGGGACCUAUAGGUCCAUUGGAACUAAUUGAAAAAUUAGACAGAAUUAUGCAGGAUAAUGAGGCAUCUUUAAUAGCAGCACGUGCUGAUAGGGAAGAAAGAAAUUUUACUCAGACGCUGAGGAGGGAACAGGAUGCAGCCUAUUUAGAAUCCCUGAGAGCUGACCAAGAAAAAGAAAGGAAAAAGAAAGAAGAACUAGAUAAAAUCAACCAAGAGAAAGAGCGAUUAGAGGACGAAGAAAACAAAAGAAUACAAAUGAUACAGGAGAGGGAGAAAAUGAAAGAAGAAUUAAAGAAUGAAAUUCCAGAAGAGCCUACAGCGGAUGAACCAGAUGUUGUUCGAAUAGUUCUCAAGUUACCUCAUGGAUCUAGAAUAGAGAGAAAAUUUCUCAAAAAUCAAUCUUUAAAGUAUUUAUAUUAUUUUGCUUUCUGCCAUGAAGACUGUCCUGAUGACUUUCACAUUGUGACAAAUUUUCCCCGCCGGACUCUGCCCUGUGAGCCCUCAGCCCAGGGGCCUGACCCUCCCUCAUUUGUGGAGGCAGGACUCGGCAAAAAUGAAAUGCUCUUCGUUCAAGAUAAUGAGGCAUGAUGUGUACAAUAUAUUGUCCACCCGUGAAAAUGGCAGGAAAGAACAGUCAGGAAAGUGGAAGUGUUAGAAAGCAAAUUGAAUUGUUCAAGAAUACACCAAGGAAGGAUAUUUUAUAUGAUGUUGAUGUGCGUUUACAAGGAUAUUGCUAUUUCCAGAUUUUGUUGGCUGCUGUUGCACCGUCAUUGAACAACUGGGAUACAGUGUGUUCUUAUUUUUAGUUGUUUCAAUUUUAGAAUAUUUGAUAGAUGAAACCUAUAUAUGCUUUUACAUUUACAAAGUAGAUGUAUUUACAAACACAGAAAGUGUCAGUUUUUCCCAAGGUUGAAGGCUGGGGACAAUCUGUCCACAGCUUUGUCUAUGAUCAUAACGUUCAAGAUACAUGUAUAACAGGAAAAGACUUUUGGUCAAGCGAAAGGACAAGCUUAUGUCAAAUUAAGGUCAAUGUCAAAUUUUAAAACUCAUCUAUUAAUAAAAUAUGAACUUCAUGUUCAAUCAAGGUUACAACUUAGUCAAAGUCAUACUUGUUACAGUGGUAAAUGGACAGUGGUUCAUGUUUCACCAACACAAUUAUAAUGUGUUUCAACAGUUGAACACAAUCAUAAUGUGUUUCAAAUGUUGAUUUUAAAGGGGGAUUAGCUGUCAUUUUGUCACUAAAAAUUCAAUGAAAACAGUUUUAUUUCAUAUAUUUCAGUAAUCACACCAGUAUUUGAUUAUUUUAAACACUUUUUAACUUCAAAGCAGGCACAUGAAUAUGUAAUUUUGGUGAUUAAAUAUUUUUUGCAUUGCAAGACAAUAAUUCUUUCUUAUAUAUUUCUUUACACUAAAAGUGGUUAUUUAAAGUAGUUUUAUUAGGUUUCUCUUGUUUUUGUUUUUAUUAGUCAUUUAUAUAUAUUCCAAUGUCAUAGAGAGAUUUGGAGAAUAAAAGGUUGCCAUCGCUUUCACAGCUAACACCCCUUUAACUGACAGUGAUAUUGUGAAACUUGGUAUACAUGUACAUGUGCGUUACAUUCAUGGACAUUUUGAUGGGAGAUUUUGUUAAAACACUGCAAGAUACACCAAAGUAUGUACAUUGUUUGUUCCAAAAGGUUAAAGUUUCUUGAUGAUCACAGUUGUGUAUGGAAUUUUGAGACAAGCCUCAUACAUUUUCAAACAUGCUAAUAUUGACCAAGUGUGGGAUACAAGUACAUGUAGCAUGCAAGUUGAAUUCUAAAAUUUCAAAUAUUGGUAGUUUGUUAAGUCAUAGUGAUACCAUUCUCUAUGUAUUUUCUUACGAUUAAGAUUAUAUUCUGUAUUUAUAAACUUCACCAAUUUAUUAUGUGUUCUGAUUUCAUGAACAGGUUAUUUAAAAAUGUUGCCUCCUAAGUAUGAAAGUCAUAAAAAUAAAUCUUGCAGG